AUGCCAAUCCCUGAGGAAUUUAGGCGUGAUGUUGUUGAUGAUGAUGAAGAGGGCCCUGAGGCCCCAAAGAAGAAAACCACGAAGGCCACCCCUUCAAAAUCAACAACCACUUCUUCCUACACCCAGGCAAGAAGAACCGUUCCCCCUCCCACCAAGGUAAAGAAGGAAGCCCUUGUUGCUACUGAGAGCAAACAUGGCAAAAAGAAAUCUCAUGUCAAAGCUCCCCCAAGAAAGGGGGAAUGUUCCAGUCAGAGGCUGGAGAGAUCCUUCAGCAGCACCAAAAGGACAGAGGGAGCAUCCUCUAAGAAGCUCAUCACCCUCUCUGACAAGGAGGAGGACAGUGAGGACAAUGAGCCUAUUGCAAAAAGGCUGAAGAAAAGAGGAACGUCAAAACCUACACCAGCUACUAAGGAGACAUCCCCAAGUAGCUCUACCACUUCUGAGUCCUCUGACGUUCUGUCUCCUCCACCAUCACCUGCUUAUUCCUCACCACCUCCAAGAACACAACAACCCUCUCCUGGGCAACAAGAAGGAGAUGGAAUUAAAGAAACAGAUGCAGCACCUGCUGCAGAAAAACAUGUGGCUCAGCAAGAAGCUCAGCCACAAAAGAAACUUGACAAAGGAAAAGGGAUUCUUGUUGAAUCCCCUAAAAAGAAAAAGCCAAUUGCUCCCAGGGCUCUAGCAGAAGAGGAGGGCUUAGAAGUUCCUCCACUGAUGGAGGAACAAAUUACAACAGCCCCCUCUUCCUCAAAAAUAAAGGAGGUUGCAAUCAGGCAAGCACCUGAAGAACCUCCAGCUUCUGGUAUUAACAACAACCAGAAAAAGAAGAAACCAGCCUCCCCCAUUCCAUCAAUCCCCAUUGCAUCGAGGAGAAAAUCUCAGAUUGGGAUUGCUGAGAUUUUUGAAAUGAUGGGGAAGAAGAUGGAGAAGCUGCUACCUGAAGCGCCAUCCAUUCCUCAGCUGGACAUGACCAGCACUACUGAAGAGCUGAAGGCUCUAAGGAACAGAUUGGAUCAACUCUCAUCUUCCUUCAUCAAAUUCCAAGAGCAACAGAAGGAAGACAGGGAGCAGCUCCUCAACACCAUCUAG